GCACCACAUAGGAUAGAGUUAGUGACCACUACCCUCAGCAAUCUUCUACGUCACUCUUUUGAAUUCCUCACGCCUGAUCUCCUUUACAAGUUGUGACACUCCCAUAAGCUCCGAAAGCGAGAGCUUCGGCUUCGGCUUUGGCUUAUAUAUAUAGAGAGAGCCAUUGUGUUCAUUCAAGUUCAUUUGAGUUUGUGUGCGUGUGUUUGUGUGUGUGUGUGUGUCUCUCUCUCUUAUCUCUUCAUAGCUAGAUAAUAAGCCACAAAUGGAACUAGCUAGGAUGGUAAUGCUCCUUGUAUUCAUUUCCUCUAUCUUCUUUGGGACUUGUGUUGAGAGUAGAACUCAUCAUCAUAAGAAGCAUCCAAAGCAUAGCAAUAUUUCUCAACCUCCAACAGGAGCAUACCCUCCUUCUGAGCCUCCUGAACCAGUUAGUGAUGGGUCUAACUCGAGCUCAACCAAUUCGACCGGUCUAAUCCCUCCCCCUUCCCCCUCUCCAUCUCCCAUUGGUGAUGGGACUAGAGGGGACUCAUCGAACUCGAGUGUUAUCUAUGAUGUUCGAGCGUAUGGAGCGGUUGGCGACGGAGUUUGCGACGACACGGAAGCAUUUAAAAAUGCUUGGGACUCUGCUUGUGAAUCUGGGUCGGCAACAGUUCUUGCUCCUAAAGGAUACACUUUCAUUAUACAUUCAACUAUUUUUACAGGGCCAUGUCAAAGUGGACUCAUUUUUCAGGUCGAGGGGACGAUUUUGGCGCCCGAUAAUCCGGAUUCGUGGCCGAGCAACAGCAGGAGGAAUUGGCUUGUGUUUUAUAGAACCGACGGAAUCGCCCUACAAGGAGGAGGGCUCAUUGAUGGAAGAGGAGAGAAGUGGUGGAAUCUCCCUUGCAAGCCUCACAAGGGGAUAAAUGGGACAACUUUGCCUGGGCCCUGUGAUAGCCCUGUUGCCUUGAGGUUCUUCACGAGCUCAAACAUAACAGUCAGCGGAGUGAAAAUCCAGAACAGUCCACAGUUCCACUUCCGGUUUGACAUGUGCAGGAAUGUCACCAUUGAUUCUAUCUCCAUUAGCUCGCCAGCUUUGAGCCCUAACACUGAUGGCAUUCAUGUUGAGAACUCGCAAUAUGUCACAAUUCAUAACUCAGUAAUCUCCAACGGCGACGACUGCAUAUCUAUUGGAGCUGGAACUGUGAACAUAGAUAUACAGAAUGUGACAUGCGGGCCAAGUCAUGGUAUAAGCAUAGGGAGUCUGGGCAAGCAAAACUCGCGAGCUUGCGUCAGCAACAUAACAGUAAAAAAUGCCGUAAUAAAGCACUCGGAUAACGGAGUUCGAAUUAAGACAUGGCAAGGCGGUUCGGGCUCGGUCUCGUCGGUCACCUUCGAGAACAUAAAAAUGGACACGGUUCGAAACCCGAUUAUAAUUGAUCAGUUCUACUGUCUCUCCAAGAACUGUCCGAACCAAACUUCCGCUGUCUUCGUGUCAGAUAUAACAUACUCAAACAUCAGAGGGACUUACGAUAUUCGGAGCCCACCGAUUCAUUUGGGGUGCAGCGAUUCGGUCCCAUGCACGAAUAUUACACUAACCGAAGUUGAACUUUUUCCGUCAGCAGGAGACUUGAUAUCAGACCCCUUCUGUUGGAAUGUAUACGGUGUUUCAGAAACUGUGACGAUUCCUCCGAUCCCGUGCUUGCUGGAGGGUCUGCCGCGAUCGAUCUUGGAUAUUGAGAAUGAUCGAUGUUUCUAAAGAACUUAAAAAAAGAAAUUAAUGCUUGCGUAAAAGGGUAUAGUAUGUAUAGAAAGCAAAAAAAAGAGGAAUGGUUGAGGAAUAAUGAAUGUGCUAUGCAUAUGUAUAGUGCUUGUUAGAUUAAACGUAAGGGAAAAGUUAAUUGUUGGAGUGUCAGAGUAUCAAAGCAGGAUGAUGUGUCAAUGUUCCUGGGUAAAGUUUCUACAGUAAUGCAGGAACUGCUUUACUAAAUGUAAUCAAUAUUGUUUGCAGCAAUUUUA